AUGUCUUUGACUCCCCCUUUUAGAUAUAUCAAUGCGGCGCAAUUGGCCGAACUGAUAAAGUCAAAACCCGCAUCAGGAGUCAAGGAAUUCGCAGUAGUAGACGUGAGAGAUAGUGACUUCGUCGGUGGAAACAUCGUCUCAGCAGUGAAUUAUCCCAGUGACCUGUUUCACGCUUCAGUAGAUGAAUUAGCUAAGAAACUCGAGAAGGUACCCAAAGUAAUUUUCCACUGUGCUCUCUCACAAGCUCGAGGACCUAAAGCAGCUCGAAUAUACGCUGAAACUCGCUCACAUGCCUAUCCUGACCCUUCUGUUCAACAAGAGAUCUUGGUAUUGAGAGAUGGCUUCUCAGGAUUUCAAUCGAAAUACAGAAAUGAUCCGGAAUUGAUCGAAAAAUUCAACAAGUAUUACCAUGAUUAA